AUGUUCGUUCACCAGUGGUUGGGCAUGAUUGGUCAUGGCGGAUACGGAGAGAUUUACUAUGCAAUUGAUAUUAGAAAUUCGGAUGAAGUAGCCAUUAAAGUGGAACCAAAGAGAAGAAAAGGAAGACUCGUAAAACGAAUGAUCCUGGAGCAAAAGGUUCUUCUUCGGUUACAAGGCAGACCACACGUACCCAAGAUGAUCGCUUCUGGCAACGAUAACAAAAUCAACUUUAUUGUGAUGCAACUACUCAGCGUGAACAUCGGAGAUUUGAAAAAGCAAAGUCCCGUGAAACGUCUUGGAAGAAGCAGCGUGGGACGGAUCUUGCAACAAGCAAUUGCUGGAUUGCGUGAUGUUCAUCUAUGCGGAUACAUCCAUAGGGACGUGAAGCCAGCUAACAUGUGUUUCGGGAUUUCUCCACAGCACCUCCAUCUCAUUUUUUCUCAUAAGGCAUUGCAGACUCGUCACAUACUUGUUAUAGUAGAUUUUGGACUAGUUCGAAGGUAUAAAAAUAUAGAUGGUACAACACGCCCACUGAGACCCAAAGCAGGGUUCAGGGGAACAGUACGCUAUGUGUCGAUUCGAGUACAUGAUCGCGUCGACCAAGGGCCCGCUGAUGACCUCGUCUCCUUAAUGACCUAUAUUCAUACGUCAUUUGGUUCCCAGCAAAUCAUACUCGGUGAUUUUAUUUGGUAUGCACCUGCAAUCCUCGAAAAUUGGAAGGAAGUCGGCUGCGACUCGGAGUCUUCCAGAACGAUUGCGAUUCCGUGA